GAUUCUGCGGUAAAGAUGGCGGCGUCGGAGGGGGCGCGUAGUGGUUUGAGCAAAACAGCUCGACCCCCUAUGGGUCUGUUUUAGCAGGAAAAACUUCGGGAUCACCAGAAUAAGAAGUUCCGGUUUGCUGAGAUAUCGAGUGGUGCCGUUAAAGUGAACCGAACUGAUUGGUGACACAUUGUGCACAGUAGAGGCGCGGUGGGUGGGAUCAAACACACACACACACACACACACACACCGACCGCUAGCUCUUGGGCUAGGCUAUCGAGCUAAGAGGGGGUGAAGAGCACAGUCAAUAGGCCGCUCCGCUGUUUCUUUUGAGGGGGGAUGUGAUCCAGGCGGACGCUGGUGUUUACUUGCUCCGGUCCCCGGCGGAUCUUUUCACGCAACCGCGCUGGUGAAAUGGGACAGCAGGUAGGGCGAGUGGGUGAGGGGGCCUCGGCGGCACUCCAAAGCCCACCGCACGGCCACUCACAGCAACCGCAGGCGCACCAAAGCAAAGGGAGCCGGGGGAGCAGCUCCGGGAGGAGACCGCGGGAAGCGACGAACACCGGGACACCAGCGUGCAGGCUCGCCGUUACCGCGAACGCUUCUGACCCUGGCAUUAACAUAUUCACUCAGCAUUCAGAGGCCCUUCAUAGGCCGUUUGGAUUGGACUCGUCUGCUCUGACUGAGGCGGUGCGUUGGAGCUCAAAGGAGAACCUGCUGGGUGCUGCAGAGAGUGACCCUAACCUGUUUGUCGCACUUUACGACUUUGUGGCCAGUGGUGACAACACGUUGAGCAUCACGAAAGGAGAGAAGCUCAGGGUGCUGGGCUACAACCAGAAUGGAGAGUGGAGUGAGGUUCGCUCUAAGAACGGUCAAGGCUGGGUUCCCAGUAACUACAUUACGCCGGUGAACAGUCUGGAGAAGCACAGCUGGUACCACGGACCCGUGUCUCGCAGCGCAGCCGAGUAUCUACUCAGCAGCCUCAUCAACGGCAGCUUCCUAGUGAGGGAGAGCGAGAGCAGUCCAGGCCAGCUCUCUAUUUCACUGCGCUACGAGGGCCGAGUCUACCACUACCGCAUCAACACUGCCUCUGACGGCAAGGUCUACGUAACUUCAGAGAGCAGGUUCAGCACAUUAGCCGAGCUGGUCCAUCAUCAUUCCACGGUAGCGGACGGUCUGGUGACAACGCUGCACUACCCGGCCCCGAAAUGCAACAAACCUACCGUCUACGGAGUCUCGCCCAUCCACGACAAGUGGGAGAUGGAGCGCACCGACAUCACCAUGAAGCACAAGCUAGGAGGAGGCCAGUAUGGCGAGGUCUAUGUGGGUGUCUGGAAGAAAUACAACCUCACAGUUGCUGUCAAAACACUCAAGGAAGACACUAUGGAAGUGGAGGAGUUUCUGAAAGAGGCUGCAGUCAUGAAAGAAGUGAAACAUCCCAAUCUAGUGCAGCUGCUUGGUGUAUGCACACUGGAGCCUCCGUUCUACAUAGUGACGGAGUACAUGCCUCACGGCAACCUCCUAGACUACCUCCGUGAGUGUGACCGCGAGGAGGUGAAUGCCGUCGUGCUGCUAUACAUGGCUACUCAGAUCUCCUCUGCCAUGGAAUACCUGGAAAAGAAGAAUUUUAUUCACAGGGACCUGGCUGCACGAAACUGCCUAGUAGGGGAGAACCAUGUGGUAAAGGUGGCUGAUUUUGGCUUGAGUCGGCUGAUGACGGGAGACACGUACACAGCUCAUGCUGGCGCCAAGUUCCCCAUCAAGUGGACCGCACCGGAGAGCCUGGCCUACAACACCUUUUCCAUCAAAUCAGACGUCUGGGCAUUUGGAGUACUUCUGUGGGAGAUUGCCACCUACGGUAUGUCUCCAUACCCUGGUAUUGACCUGUCUCAGGUUUAUGACCUGCUGGAGAAGGGCUACCGCAUGGAGCAGCCAGAAGGCUGUCCUCCAAAAGUCUACGAACUUAUGAGGGCAUGUUGGCAGUGGAGCCCACUGGACAGGCCCUCGUUUGCAGAGAUCCAUCAGGCCUUUGAGACAAUGUUCCAUGACUCGAGCAUAUCGGAAGAAGUGGCAGAGGAACUGUGUAAGACUGCCUCUUGUGGUAAGGGUGGGGUAGUGCACUCGUUCAGUCACGAUCAGCCCCUCGUGCCCUCCAAGUCACGACCACAGAAGAAGCACUCGGACAAUAAAGAGAACACGGAGGGACUGGAGAGUCGGCAUGAGCCUGGAGCUCACGGUCCUUCAGCCUCUCUGCUGGUAGGUGAUGGUCGUUCCAGCAGCUCUCCAGCUCUGCCCCGGAAGCAGAGGGACAAAUCUUCUGGUGGUCUGCUUGAUGAUCCGCUGGAUGCUACCUUUACUCGUGACCGCAAAGCUGGCUUCUUCAGCUCCUUCAUGAAGAAGAAAUCAUCAACAACCGCUUCCACCUCUCAGCCUCAGCACAACCCCAGCGGCUCCUUCCGUGACCUCGAGACACAGCCUCACAAGAAGUACGAGCCCACGACUGCUUUUGGCACUCCUCCCCCUCCACUGCCUCAGUCUGAUGGCUUGGGCUUCUCUCCAUCUCAUGGAGAAGGAAACCAUGUUCAGUCCCGGUGCUGUGGAGCCACUUUUGGGCAGAAGCUCACUGGGUCAAACUCUUCCACCUCUACCCAGGUAGGCAGCAGCAGUAGCUGGGCAGGACUUGCAGGCUUCUUCACACCACGCCUCAUCAAAAAGACCCUGGGGUUGCGAACUGGGAAGUCUUCUGGAACUGAUGAAGGAGGUGGGGGAAACAGGCCAUUUCCUCGUUCAAAUUCAACGUCCUCCAUGUCAGCAGGGCUUCCGGAUUUGGAGCGCAUGGCGCUAACGUUACCGCGGAACCGUAGCAAGCCACCACUGGAACGCACAGUGUCCACCAGUUCACAGCCAGAGAAUGGUGGCCCGCGGCCCUCAGACACUCCGCCCAGAAAGCUAGACGAGGGGACGGCACAGAUCCGGGACAGACCCAAAGCUAAACUACUGCCACGUGCGGUAUCAGUGGGCACAGGAGCAGCUAGGGCACCAGGGGUUGGGGGUGAGGCCGAGUCCGAUGCUCAUACUCAGGGUAGAGUGGGGCAGGAUGACAGGCCAGCCUGGUCUUCUCCGUCUAAAACGUUAGUUGGCCCACACAAUCAUAAAGUCCCAGUCCUGAUCUCUCCGACGUUGAAGCCUGGCACAGCUGAUGCACACCUCGUUGGUGUAGACUCACAGGGCAACCGCUUCAAACUGCUGGCCGACAGCGGCAGCGAUAGACCACGACUGAUCAAGCCCAAGUGUGCCCCACCUCCUCCACCCACACUGCGCACUCUCCAACACAGUUAUAGCGCAGAAGGUGCCGAUGAAGCGACUAACAUGAGCCCAGAGAUCAAUGGAGAUGGGGUUAAAAGGUCAGGGAGAGGGUCAGGAGGAGCUCGACCAUGCAUACCGCCACCACAAGCACCUCCAGCACCUGCUGCACCAUCCAGUAAUACGACAAGCAAAAUGGCCAAUGGUGGCACUACCUCUGCUUCGAAGCUGACGCUGAGACGGACCCGGCAGCAGGUAGAACGUAUACCACUGGAAAAAGUGAGUAAAGAAGCUCUGCUGGAGUGUGCUGAGUGCCUGAGCCUAGCUCUCCACAGCAGUACAGAGCCAUGCUCCAGCAGCCAGGUCUUGGAUGCUGGACACCAGUUACUCGACUACUGUUCAGGCUAUGUAGACUGCAUCCCACAGACACGUAACAAGUUUGCCUUCCGUGAGGCUUUGGGAAAACUUGAACUCAGCCUCCAGGAACUGCGGGCUUCUUCUACGGGUGGAGGAGGGGGACUAGGUGGAAGUGGGACAAGUCCUGCUCUGGACAACUUGCACUCUUGCAUUAAAGAGAUCAGCGAUGUAGUGCAAAGGUAGUUAGUGGAGUCCCAUCAAACCUCACUACCCUAAUAGGACUUUUUACAAGUUUUUAAGUAUUGUUUUGUAAAUGAUUUGGGGACAGAGAAUUUUCUCUUAAAAGUACCUCAGUAAAAUCACUACAAACGGUCUCUCCCCCCUCUGUCAUUGUUUACAGUGGACUUUGAAAUCGCCAGUUGGAUACAGAGCUCUAAACUUGUAUAUAAGCUUGUUGUCCAAAACAAAUCGCAUACAGUGUCUUUUACCCAGGUUUGGCUACUUAUUUUGUCAUCAAAAGAGCCUACAUUUUAAAAGUAAUUGACUGAUCGAAUCCAGUUUUUCAGCAUAUUUAUAUGACCGUAUUGGAAAAAUUGCAGAUUUCUCGUCAUUAUCGCACAGAUUAUUACUUCUCACAAUAACUGGAUAUGUGAUUUGUGUCUAAAUGCACAACAAACCCAUCACCAUAGAAACAGAUCAGGCGUGUCCUGCUUGGGCUCUGCGUACACUGUUCCACAUUAGCAGUAACUGAGCCUUCGGCACAAAGGGCGCAUCAUGCAGUCACUGUCACUUCUGAUUGAUUUCAUACAUCAUUGUAUAGACGUUUCAGUAUUUGAUUAGAAGGUCAUGGUUCUGUAGCAGUGUAGGCUUAUGCCUUUCUCUGUAUGUCUCUGCUUUUGAGGGCAUAGUGCUAUUUACUUGUUGGGAAUGGAGUACGGUCAACAUAUACUGAACAUAGAGCAUCAUGUCUGCGGGUUAGUGCGUUUUAUUUAAGUGACCUUUUCAAGAUUGCUCUUGGCUAAUGGCAACUAGAUUCCAGUUCUUUUGUCCAUAGAAUGAUUUUUGUCAAGACUUCCAAGCAACGAAACUCAAUGGGGACAAUCAAUAAAGAUGCAUGAUGAUAAUAAUAGCAGAUAAUUCCAGCUGAUAUAUGUAAGUAUUUGAUACGUAUGUGUAGCAGAUAUUUUUUCAAUUUCUGAGCAACAUGCUAAGGUCUAACAACAGAAAGAGUUAAUGGAUAAAAGGAUAGUUUCAUAUCCAGUAACUAUGCCAGAAUCUUAACAAAUCACAUAUGUCAAUGUUAUACUGGUAUUCCUAUAGAUAUGUGAAUAUUGAUUAUAGGCUAUGACUCGGAAUGUUUUCAGAGGUUAUAAAAGCAGGUUCGACACCUCGACCCAACAGUUGAAUGUGCUGAUUUUAGACAUAGAUGGGCUUUCGUUUGUCAGGAUGGGACACGGGCACAAGUUUGGACACUGUGGUUUCCCACUGUGACUAUAGACACUCACUGCAGAACAGCAACUUUACUACAAUAUUGCUAGAUACAAGUGACACACAAACUGCCAUUUCUAUAGCACAUUGGUUUGUACUUUUUUUUUUUGUUUGUUUUUGUUUUGUUUUUUUACUUUAGAAUGUCUUCUAAACUUGAAUUUUAAAUUAUUUCUUAUUAAAAGCACAGGAAGUUUUUGUUAUGGUAAACAAAUAAUUGUGUCCUACAAGAGAAGCAUUAAAGACCAUCUUUAUGUAGCUUUGAGCGGUUGCCUGAUCAGAAGGAUAUUGUUCCUUAUAAAAAAAAAAGAGAGAUUGAAAUGAAACAAAGGUCUCCAUCUGAGCAUGUACAACGUGAAUGUAUCCAUCUUGUCUAACGGUUUGUGAUUUCAUACAGAUUGACCAGACUCCAAAACCUUAAUAUGAGGGUGCAAUUUUCCUUUUGUUUUUAAUCUUUUCUCUUAUUUGAAGCCUUGUCAUUAAAGUGAUGAUGUACUCUUUUACACUGGAUGCCGUUUUAAAGCAUAGAUGUUAACGGGCUUGACUUAAAUCAUCUGUGCGUUGUAAUGUGGAAAUGUUAUUGUCUGUACCGUUCAUCUCGAAUUCAUUUGGAUUCCUCUCAACCAGAACAGAGCGUAUGUUUUCUCGCGUACGUUUAGGGAGCGGUUUUGGUUUUCAUCAGACGACGCUUGGUGGUUUUCUCUACCAUAAGCAGCUUCCGCAAUUUCAUGGUGCCUUUUUUUUUUUGUGAGAGAGAUUUCAUAGCUACGGAAUAAUAAUAAUAAUAAUAAUAAUGCAUUGGGAAGAUGGAAACGGGAAGGAGCUACUCAUUUAAAUGUAAAGUGAUGCUUGAUUCUUCAGUAGUUACACGAUGUCCGACUUCGACAGGAAGAUGUGCAAUGUUUUGUCCUGUAGCAGUGAAUAAAAUGGGGCUUUUAAGACCGUUUAUUCAAUUUUGCUGAUGAGAUCUUGUUGGGAUUUCCUCACUCUGACUAAAUCCUCACACAACAAUUUUGGGUAAAGAUAGCGAAACUAUAAAGAGAUGUUCUAACAGAUUUAUUCAACCAGCAGGAAAUCUAGUUAUUUAGAACUGAAAUGUUGGCCAGUUUGCAUAGCUUUCGGGAAGGAGGAUUUAACAGAAAGAGUUAUAAGAUCUACCCUAUGUGGUUUUUCAGGGAAUAUUUUUGAGAUACGAGAGGUUGAAAUGGCAAAGUGCUUAUGGUUCAUUGUCACUGUUGAAUUGUGGGUUGAUUUAAUUUCCCCAGGUAAUAACGUAUAGUCGUGCAUCAUCAUCAUCAUCAUCAUCAUCAUGCAGUUCGUUAGUGUUGCCUUUCUGUAAUUUGGCCUUUUAUUCAGUUUGGGAUCUUCAUUCUUCAUGUAUGUGCUGUACGAGUUGGCAACAAAGCAAACCUGUGAAUGAUUAAACGGAAUUUCCUGUUCCUGUUUGCUGGUCUAUGUUCAAAGCCAGCUUUACACACCCAUUUGCUUUGCCAGAGCAUACAGUACACCUCUAUUCGCCCUUUUUUUCCACUCUGCAGUUUUAUUUCGACACUGUCUUUUUAAUUUAUUUAUGUAUUUUCUAAGAGAUGUUGAAUCCUGGAAAUAACGUUCUUUUGUAUGAUGAGGUUUCAAGUUAUGUACUUUUGUUUUUAUGUCAAACUUCAUUUCUAUACCAAAGGCCACCUCUGCAGUCCUUCAAGUGCAAUGACAAGUGGAACACUCUUAAUAUUAAAUAUGUGAAUUUUAAGGGGGAUUUAAAGAAAAAAAAAGGGGAGGGGGGGCAGAGGUUGACAGAAUAACAGUAUUUUUCUGUUAUGUAAAAAGUAUAUUUUGUGUGAUUCUAAUUUAAAGCUCACUUUUAAUAGCAUAUUACUGUGAAGUGCUCCCUCAGUGUUACACUUGAUGUAAAUAUUGAUUAAAAAGGGUUGAAGCUUA